GGGGCUCCAGAUCUUUCAGUAGAGACUCUCCGGAGCCUCACAUGUUACAGUUCCCCACUGCUCCCACCACCUUGGGGAUAACAUGUGGCUCCUAACAGCUCUGCUCCUUUGGGUUCCAGCUGCUUGUGGGCAAACAUACACUGCCAAGUCCGUGAUCACUUUGGAGCCCCCAUGGGUCAGUGUGUUCUUGGAGGAAAAUGUAAUCUUUCGGUGUGAGGGACCCCACCUGCCGGGGGACAACUCUACACAGUGGUUUCUCAAUGGCACAGCCAUUGAGACCCGGGCUGCCAGCUACAGCAUCCCUGCCGCCAGUGCCAAUGAUAUUGGUGAAUACCGGUGCCAGAGAGGUGCCUCCAUGCCAAGUGACCCGGUAUACCUGGAAGUCCACAGUGAUUGGCUACUACUUCAGGUCUCUAGCAGAGUCGUCAUUGAAGGAAAACCUCUGGCCUUGAGGUGUCAUGGAUGGAAGAAUAAGAAGGUGUCCAAUAUACUUUUCUACCACAAUAACAAGACCUUCAGGUUUUCUUCUUGGAAUUCUGAAUUCACCAUUCUGAAAACCAACCCGAGUCACAGUGGCAUCUAUCACUGCGAGGGAAGCAAGCACUUCAAAUCCGCAGGAGUAUCUAUCACGGUGAAAGAGCUGUUUCCAGCCCCGGUCCUGAGAGCAUCCUCUUCGUCCCCCCUCCUGGAAGGGAAUCCAGUCAUUCUGAGCUGUGAAACAAGGGUGCCCCCACACAGCCCUCCGGUGCGGCUCUACUUCUCCUUCUACAUGGCAGACAAGACCCUGGUGAACAGGACCACGUCUUCUGACUACCAGCUAGGAAACGCUAGCAGAGAAGAUUCCAGAUUCUACUGGUGUGAGGCUGCCACAGAAGACGGAAGUGUCAUCAAGCGCAGCCCUGAGUUGGAGCUUCAAGUGCUUGGCCUUCAGGAGUCACCAACUCUUGUCUGGUUUCAUGGUCUGUUCUAUGUGGCAAUGGCAAUGAUAUUUUUGGUGAACACUGUUUUGUGUGUGAUAAUACAUAAGAAACUGCAAAGAGAAAAUACAUGGAUUUUAGACAUUCCUUUGGACUCUGCCGACCAGGGGAAGAAGGUAACUUCUUAUUUUUGAGAAGACAGACAUUUAGAAGAAGAGCCGAAAUAGCAGGAACCAGAACAGCUGCAAGAAAGGCAUUCCAGAAGCUCUAGGAGCAGCAGCAGCAGCUCAGUGGGUGCCCACAAAUCACGGCAGUCCCUACCUCUUCCUCUUUGUGUGACCACUGGGGCACAACCUCCAAAAUGAAGACACUAUAAUAGAACUGUGAGUCCCAUGGCACCUAACUAACUCUUAAAUAAAGCAAAU